AAAAGAGAACUCCUGCACUACAAUCACGAUGUAAGAAAAGACGAUCUAUUAAAAAUGCUGAUGCAGCUUUUCAGAUGCCUGAAAAAAUUGAUAGAGGUAGAAGCCCUCUUCGGGCCUGUGAGAACUGGGAAGUGAACAUAGAUCACCCUUCACCUAAUGAGGAUUCUUUAAUCCUUCUGGAAAAUAAGCGCUCUCUCUCUCCUAUUAGUCCCAUCCUUCAAGAAAACCAGCAUGCCACUUAUACCCCUCUUUCAAUGAGGAGAUCAACUACAUAUCCUGUUUCUGGCACAGCAGUAUAUGAUGAAUUACUGAAGGAUGUAAAAGAAACCAGUUCUAUUAUGCCACUGUGUGACUACUCUGUGGAAACCAAAUUGGGAACUCUACAAAGUUCUGAUACAAAUUCAGCUUGCACUCCAGAACAAUCAAAAAGAUGGCAGGUUGCUGUGAACCAUAGGAAGCUUUUAAGCCCUGAUUCCUUUGUAAAUAAUACCUAUGAACUUACUGAACAACCUGUUAGAGCAGUGCCAAUUCUUUCACCUGAUCAGUUUUUAAAAGAAAAUCAACUUGUUCAGCCAACCUCACAGGUUCCUAAAUCUAUGUCUGUUUCUCCAAGUGAGGAAUCUUGCAUGCCAAGGACAAUUUUUCCAAAACAGAAAGAAAAGAUGCAAGUUGUAACUUUUUCUGUGGAACCUCAGAUUGCAAAGAAAUCUCGUAACAAUGUACACGAUAGAAAAAUGGCAACACCUUCAUAUGUGACAGUUGAACAAAAAAUUAGCAGCUACAGAAAAACUGACAAAAACCAGGUGUGCUGUUUCCAGAAAGAACAGCUUAAAAAAAGGCCUGUUCUUUCCAAUACUGUUACUAAAAGUAAGCCAGAUUCUUCUGAUCGAAAAGGACUAGAGAUGCUGAAACCACAUUCCAGAAAAUGUCUUUCUAAUGCUAUACAGCAAUGUGUGGAUAUUCCUGAAACUGAAAAAUCGGAACUGUUGCCAAGACUUCCAGUUAUAGAACCUGUCUCAGGUGAAGCUAAAUGUUUCCAAGUCAAAACAGGUUCUGCUUGUUUGGUGUCAUCUUCAUAUCAACGUAAAAGAAAGUGUGGAGGAUAUUUAGAAGAUACUAUUAGUGGAUGUAAAGAAUACAUAGAGAAUUUUGAAACAAAAAAAAUCCUGGUAUCUUGUGUAGAAAAUGAAAAUCAGAGUGCUUUCAAAAGAACCAUUCCAAAAACUGUGAACAAAGGGAAGCAAAGUCCAAAAAAAAGAAUGGGUACCUUAUCACAAAAAUCAAAGACUGUUAGAAGAAGUAAAAAUACUGUUCCUGUUGCACAGUCUCAUCUGACAUUUGUGAAGCCUUUGAAAACAGAUGUUCCUAGACAUCCAAUGCCUUUUGCGGCCAAGAACAUGUUUUAUGACGAGCGCUGGAUAGAGAAACAGCAACGAGGGUUUACUUGGUGGUUGAAUUUUGUACUUACUCCUGAUGACUUUACAGUGAAAAUGGAUACUUCCCAAGUCAAUGCUGCAUCCCUUAUCUUGGGAACAGAGUCUUACCAUAAAUGCAGUGUUCCUAAAGCACCAACCAAAGAAGAAGCGUCUUUAAGAGCAUAUACAGCUCGGUGCAAGUUAAAUAAGCUUCGCCGCUCAGCUUGCCGUCUGUUUACCUCUGAUGAAAUGGUUAAAGCAAUAAAAAGGCUCGAGGUUGAGAUUGAAGCAAAACGCUUGCUAGUUCGAAAGGACAGACAUCUGUGGAAGGACAUUGGAGAGAGGCAGAAAAUCCUCAACUGGCUUUUAUGCUAUAACCCACUAUGGCUGCGCAUAGGUCUGGAAGCAGUCUAUGGUGAACUGAUUGCCUUGGAAAGCAACAGUGAUGUGAUGGGCUUGGCAAUGUUUAUACUCAAUCGGUUGUUGUGGAAUCCAGAUAUUGCAGCUGAAUACAGACAUGCAACUGUGCCUCACCUUUAUCGAGAUGGUCACGAAGAAGCAUUAUCCAAAUUCACACUGAAAAAGCUUCUGCUACUGGUUUGUUUCCUUGAUCGUGCCAAAUUGUCUAGAAUUAUCGAUCAUGACCCGUGCCUCUUUUGUAAAGAUGCCAAGUUCAAGUCUAGUAAAGAGCUGUUACUAGCAUUUUCUCGAGAUUUUCUAAGUGGAGAAGGUGAUUUGUCUCGCCACCUUGGCUUCCUAGGCUUUCCAGUUAAUCACGUGCAGACGCCACUUGAUGAAUUCGACUUUGCUGUAACAAAUCUAGCUGUAGAUUUGCAAUGUGGUAUUCGCCUGGUGAGAGCAUUAGAGCUUCUGUCAUCAGACUGGAGUCUUUCCAAAAACUUACGAGUUCCUGCAAUAAGCAGACUUCAAAAGAUGCAUAAUGUCAAAAUUGCCCUUCAGGUAUUGAAAGACCAUGGGAUUCAGUUAAAAGAUGAUCAUGGUGCAGCAAUUGAGGCAAAGGAUAUUGUGGAUCGGCACAGAGAGAAAACAUUUGCAUUGCUGUGGAAAACAGUGUUUGCUUUUCAGGUGAAUGUGUCAUUAGAUAUGGAUCAGUUAAAAGAAGAAAUUGGUUUCUUAAACAACAUGUAUGAAAAAAAAGCAAAGGCUACUGCUUUGGCAUCUUCUGCUGCUAGCAAAGUGAGAAAGGACAGCAAUAGCUUUUAUUCAUCUGAAAACUACAGUGAAAAAGUAAAGCUGCUGAUGGAUUGGGUGAAUGCUGUCUGUAGAUCUUACAAUGUCAAGGCGGAAAAUUUCACAGUAUCCUUUUCAGAUGGAAGAGUAUUAUGUUUCCUGAUCCAUCAUUAUCAUCCUUGUUAUAUUCCUUUGGAAGCUGUAUGCCAACGCACUACUCAAACAGUCGAAUGCACCAAAAGUGGUUCCAUUGCCCUAAAUUCAUCUUCGGAGUCUGAUUCUUCUCUAAAUAUUCUCAAUGGAAGUUUCGACCAAACUAUAACUACUUCAGUGCUUUAUAAAGAGCUCCUUGACAAUGAAAAGAAAAAUUUCCAGCUGAUUAAUGCUGCAGUUUCUGAUCUUGGUGGUGUUCCAGCUAUGAUUCACCAUUCAGACAUGUCUAAUACGAUACCUGAUGAGAAGGUAGUUAUCACUUAUGUAUCAUUUCUGUGUUCACGACUUCUUGAUCUUUCUAAAGAAAUUCGAGCAGCUCGGCUGAUUCAAUCUACUUGGAGGAAUUACAGAUUUAAAGUAAAACUUGCUCAGAAAUGGCAAGAGGCUGCAGUUGUAUUCCAGGCAUGGUACAGGAUGAAGAGAGAGAGGCGGCAUUUUCUAAUGAUGCGUGGAGCUGCUACUACUAUUCAGAUACUCUAUCGUGCAUACAGAGAGCAGACCUCUCAGAGGCAGAAGUUCUUGCAAACAAAAAAGGCAGCUGUGUGUUUACAAGCCACCUUCAGGGGCUAUAAACUCCGUAAAACACUGAAGCGUCAAAAUAUGGCUGCUGUUAAGAUCCAGGCGGUAUUUAGGGCUUAUACUGUUCGAGUGAGAUACCAAGCAUUGAUUCAAGCUUCUCGUGUGAUUCAGAAAUGGUACAGGGCUUCCAAAGCCAGUUCCAAAAUUAGAGCAAGUUUUUUGAAGACAAAAGCAGCCGUGAUUUUGUUGCAGGCAGCUUGGCGUGGCUGGCAAGUCCGGAAAUGGACUCAGGAACAGCAUGCUGCUGCAAUUACUAUACAGUCUGCCUUUAGGAAGUACAAAGCUCUGCAAAGAUUUAGGAUGGUGAGAAAUGCUGCUCUAACACUUCAGCAGCAUUAUAGAGCCAAAGUUUCAGGUGCAAAACAACGGCAGGAGUAUGUUGUGCUUUACAAACAAAUCGUAAAACUCCAAGCAGCUUGGAGAGGGAAUGUUGUAAGGAGGCAAAUCCAAAGACAGCACAGAGCUGCUGUGGUCAUACAGUCCUAUUACAGGAUGCAUGUCAAUCAAGCAGAACUUAAAUGUUUCAGGCAAGCUGCUAUCACAAUUCAACGAUGGUAUCGUGCUGCUAUUCUAGCCAGCAGCAAAAGGCAGGAAUACCUCGCUUUGAAGCAAGCAGCUGUUAGAAUACAGGCAAUAUACAGAGGUGUGAAAACACGGCAAAAACUUGAACAUAUGCACUGGGCAGCUAUUCGUAUCCAAGCUAUGUUUAGGAUGCAUCAGGAUAAAGUUAGAUUUACAGUGAUCAAACUGUCAGCUGGUGUAAUUCAGAGAAGAUACCGAGCUCUUUGCAGAGGAAGAAAGGAACGGAAAUCUUAUUUGGAGAUGAAGAAUUCUUCUCUCAUCCUUCAGGCUGCUUACAGAGGCAUGAGAGUUAGACAGGAGCUCAAGACUUUGCGCCAGUCUGCGACUACUAUUCAAUCAUUUUAUCGAAUGUACAGGCAACGCAAAUCUUUCCUAAAAUUAGUUGGAGCAGCAAAACUGAUCCAGCAGUGGUAUCGUGGUUGCAAAAAUAGAAAUAUUCAGCUGCAUAAAUACAGGCAGAUGAAGAGUUCCGCCCUCCGAAUCCAGUCUGCGUUCCGAGGCAUGAGGGCAAGGCUUCAUUUGAGAAAGAUGCAUGCAGCGGCCACCAUCAUUCAAAGGAGCUUUAAAACUUUUCUUCAGAGGCGACAUUUCCUUACUCUCAGAGCUGCUGCUGUGACUGUCCAGUGGAAGUACAGAGCUGCCAUACUCUCAAAACAGCAGCACGCUAGAUAUCAGACAAUGAAAUUGGCAGCUAUUUUAAUUCAGAGAAGAUACCGAGCUCUCUGCAGAGGAAGAAAUGAACGGAAACAUUAUCUGGAGCUAAGGAAUUCUUCUCUCAUCCUUCAGGCUGCUUACAGAGGCAUGAGAGUUAGACAGGAGCUCAAGACUUUGCGCCAGUCUGCAACUACUAUUCAGUCAUUUUAUCGAAUGUACAGGCGACGCAAAUCUUUCUUAAAGUUAGUUGGAGCAGCAAAACUGAUCCAGCAGUGGUAUUGUGGUUGCAAAAAUAGAAAUAUUCAGCUGCAUAAAUACAGGCAGAUGAAGAGUUCCGCCCUCCGAAUCCAGUCUGCAUUCCGAGGCAUGAGGGCGAGGCUUCAUUUGAGAAAGAUGCAUGCAGCGGCCACCAUCAUUCAAAGGAGCUUUAAAACUUUUCUUCAGAGGCGACAUUUCCUUACUCUCAGAGCUGCUGCUGUGACAAUUCAACAGAAGUACCGAGCUACAGUGCUUGCGAAACAGCAGCGGGGAAUGUAUCUCUGCCUCCAUAAAGCUGCUGUCGUGCUGCAGUCCACCUUCAGAGGUCAGCGAGUCAGAAAAUCUCUGAAACAAAUGCACAGGGCUAGUACAGUUAUCCAAUCCUCCUUCAGAAUGCAUAUCGCUUACACUCAGUUCCGAGCGAUGAAGUUUGCUUGUGUUGCAAUCCAGCAGCGUUACAGAGCAUACAGGGAGGCAAAACGUGUGCGAGAGCUGUACUUAAAACACCACCGUGCUGCUUUGGUUCUUCAGGCUGCCUACAGAGGAAUGAAAACGCGGCAUACUUUGAAGAAGCACCACGAUGCUGCAACGAUCAUACAAAGCCACUAUCGAAAACACAGGCAGCAGUGUCACUACAGAAAGACGCGGUGGGCAGCCCAAGUUAUCCAGAUAAGAGUCAGAGCCAAUAAGCUAAGUAGAAUUGCAGUCCAGCAGUAUUCGUCUGUUAAGACAGCUGCAGUUUGCAUUCAGAAGGCUUUUCGCAGGAUGAAGGCAAGACGCUGUCUAAAAAGGCACCAAGCUGCUGUUGUGCUCCAGCGAAAUUUUAAAAUGAAGAAACAACGCAGAAGUUACCUCGCUUUGAAAGCGGCUGCUGUAGUCCUUCAGAGACGGUACAGAGCAUUGAUUCUGGCAAGAAGGCUGCGUCAGGAAUACAUUUUGGUUCGUGCAGCCAUUGUUAGUGUCCAGUCUUUUUACAGAGGUUUCAAAAUAAGGAAGGAAGUCGAGUGCAUGCAUUUAGCAGCAAGGGCAAUUCAAGCAUUAUUUAGAAUGCACAGGGCUAGGCUUUCUUACCAGAGGCUGAGAUAUGCUGCUCUCACCAUUCAGAAUUGCUACCGAUCUUACCUGAAAGCGAAACAGCAGCGAACUGCCUAUCUAACUCUUCGGAGAUCUGCUAUAUUGAUUCAGGCAACUUACAGGGGCAUGAGAACAAGGCAAGAACUGAAUUCCAUGCAUGCCUCAGCAACUGCCAUCCAGUCUCUUUAUCGGAUGCAUGUGCAGCGCAAACAUUACAAGUUGUUGCACUGUUCUGUGCUGAUCAUUCAGUCUGCCUAUCGUAGAGCAGUAGCACACAGAAAAGGGAAGGAAGCACGUGCAGCAAGAAAAAUUCAAUCCUCUUUUUGUGUGGCUGCAGAUCAUAGGAUGUUUAGUCCACUCAGAACUGAAACUCUUGUGUUACAGAGUCAAUAUGGAAGUGAAACUAGAGAACAGUCCCGGAAGUGCUGGGAAACUGCACUUUUAAUACAAAAGUGUUAUCCAUCUCAUUUGACUGUAAAACUUCAGAGCCUGGCUUAUUUACAAAUUCUAAAGAGUAUCAUCAUCAUACAGGCUUUAGUGAGAGGUUUCAUGGUACGUCGAAGGCUAUGCAAAAUGAAAAGAAGUGCAAUCAAAAUUCAGGCUUUUUUUAGGGGCUAUAAAGUAAGGCAAUUAGCAGCACAGAAUCCAAGUAUGUUUCCAGAAGCGUGGUUCAUCAGAUGCAGAACAAUGAAAGAAUACAGAGCCAUUGAGAAAGCUACACGCGUAAUUCAGAGCUACCAAAGAGCUAAGAAACAGAGGAUAUGGUUUUUGAAGAUGAAAGCUUCUACAAUUCUAAUUCAGAGGAAAUGGAGAGCAACAGUGGCAGCAAAAAUAGCUUUGCAGAAUUUCCUGGUGACCAGAGCAGCUGUAGUAGUAAUUCAAUCUGCAUAUAGAAGACACAGUGCUAGAAAACAGUUUAAAAAGGUUUUGGAAGAGAGGCAGCAGACUCGUCUGCUUUCUUUAGCAGCUGCUGUAUAUCAUCAUAUUGCCGCUACUAAAAUUCAGAGGGCUUACAGAAGUCAUCUUCACUUGAAACGUGCAGAUUUGCAACUGGCUUCAGUUCUAUACAUUCAGCGGUGGUAUCGAGCAAAACUGCAGAGGAGGCAUUACCUGCUGUAUCGUGAAAAAAUUAUUAAAUUGCAAAGACUGGUGAGGAGGUGGAUGCAUUGCAGAAGUGCAGCUGUCAUUCAGGAACACCAGGGACAAAAGACCCCAAGCAAUGGAAUAAUUAAAUUUCAGGCACUGUGGCGAGGAUAUUCAUGGAGGAAGAAGACAGAUACUGCAAAAACGAAAGCUCUCCGAGAUAGCUUGUUGAUCGCCACUAAAGAAAGCAAAGAAGAGAAGAAGCUAUGUAACAGAACUUCACUUGCCAUUGAUCAUCUUCUCAAAUAUAAACACUAUUCUUACAUUUUGGCAGCUUUAAAAGACCUGGAGGUUGUAACUAGACUAUCACCUGUUUGUUGUGAAAAUAUGGCCCAGAGUGAAGCAGUAUUCACUAUUUUUACCUUGAUACGGAGUUGCAACCGUAGUGUCCCUUGCAUGGAUGUUAUCAGAUAUUCAGUCCAAGUCCUACUAAAUUUGUCAAAGUAUGACAGGACUACUCAAGCUGUUUAUGAAGUGGGAAAUUCCAUAGAAACUUUAUUGGAUCUACUUCAAAUGUACAGAGAGAGAGCUGGUGACAAAACUUCAGAGAAAGGCGGAAGCAUUUUUACCAAGACAUGCUGCCUGUUUGCUCUUCUUGCGCAGGAUUUAAACAGAGCUUAUGAGAUCCGAAGCGAUCCUCGAGUGGUCACUCGUCUUCAAAGCCUGUUUAAACUCACAGCUCGUAAACACCAAAUGGAUGCCCAAAGAAUGAUUGCAAAACAAAAGUCUGGCGCAUACAAAAAUGGGCAUAGUUGUGUCUCGACUCCUCGAAGAACAAGACUAGUUUCAACGCAAAGACCAGAAUGGGUUUUAAGGAAAGAUAAUAUGCAGGAGAUCGUUGAUCCACUGCAGGCCAUUCAAAUGGUACUGGAUACACUUGGAAUUUCAUGCAACUGAAGAAUAACAGCAUUCCUGAAAUUAUCUGCAAUUACGCCAUUUAAAAAAAGGGACGGCAACUUCCAUGUUAAUUUCCAUACUGGGCCCAGUUUGCCCAUCACAAAAAGUGUGAACAGUGGUGCAUACUACUUUAUCACUUGGUUAUUUCUUUGGCUUGUCAGGACAGAAGCAAGGCAUAAUUCCUGGUUUCAUAUCAUGACAAACAAUCCAGGGAAGGAAUAUCCCUAUAUUUAGUCACUCCUGCUUUCAGCGUUCUUGCUCAGUAACAAUAAUGUAUGAUAAAAAAAGUUGUUGGGACAUACAAACUGGGCCAUUAUGUAGACUGACUUUAUUAACAUUUUAUCAGUAUCUUUGAGCUGUGAUAUUUAGGCUAUAUUGUAAUUUUUAAUCUCAGCUGAUGAAUAUGUUUAUAUUUUGUAUUAAUAAAGACUCCAGUAUUACUUGGAUGUGAUUUGUAACUAGCAAGCUCUAUAUUGUGUACAGAAGCUUUGUUUUUUGUAAGACUGCCAUUUUAUACAACAAAGCAGAAAAAUAAGGCUUAAUUAAUAGUUGGCUAUUGUGUCUUAUAUAUUCUGUUUUGGUUUAUUUGGGAAUUUAGAAUAGCUGUUACAUUUAACAAGUGUAGACACACAUGCCACCUUUCAAAUUAUGAAUAAUGAGCAGUAAUACAGAAAAGUAAGUUGCUGUUUUUUUAUCACUUAGAUUUCCCCCCCAAAAUCUUGGAGUAUUUUCAGCUACUCAGUUUGCACUUAGGAAAGUUCAACAACAACAUAAGAAGAUAAGAACUCUGGCACCUUCAUUAUCUGGUUAUAGAUUUCCAUAAUCCAUAAAUUAUUCCACAUUUUUAUCAUGGUGUACCUUAGUUCUCAGCCAACAGAGCAUAAUCUGAAACUAUAUUUUGAAGUUGGUUUCCAUGAUUUAUUAUAGCAUCCUAAGUCCCUAUCCUGGUUAUUCUACUUCAGCAUCCUUCUCUCUUUUGGUGAAGGGACCCCGGGUAAUUUUAACUCGCAUACGCAUUGAAAGGACAACUUUGUUCUUAAGCAACUUAUUCAAAUUCAACUGAAGCAGUUUUAUGGCAAAAAGUCUCAGAAGAGAUUGCUCAGUACUGACCUUUGCUCCACCCCUCAAGUUUUUGCAUCUCUGAAAGUCUUUUUCAUUGUUCUUCAGAGCUGUGUUGACUGCAGAGCUUAUCCAUGUAGCCAGAUAAUCCAAAACACAAUCAUUCUCUUGGCAGCCACACAAGUGUGAAGAAUGGGGGUGGAAAAAUAUCCUAUAUGUAAAAUCCAAAUUCUGUAGACUCAAAGCGCACAGAGAUCAGUAGCAGGCAGGACUCUCCUAAUCCCUCUUGCUGCUCAGGACUCUGAACUCUGAACUCCUAAACCGUACAUGCUGCAUACUAGUUGAACUAUUAGAGCAUGUGGAUUUGCAACUUCUUAGCUCUCUUAAGCUACAAAUGAGGUUAGUCUCGCUACAUCUUAAAUUAUCUUUUUCGAAGGUGGUUCAUAAUUUUUUCCUUAUUAAGUGACCCCCUGUUCAUGAAUUGUGUCAAAUGGCUUUAAAUUGAUAACAAGUAUAUAGAUCACAGGCUAUUUCUGAACAAUUCUGCUUGAGCUUCUGUUGUAUACAUGCAAGUUCAGAUAUUUCUUUUGAUCAGUUCUAGACAAAAGUGCUGAGGUAUGGUUCUUGAAAAAUGCCUGGUUUUUGUUUCUUAAAAUAUAUAUCCUUUUUGGUGCAUUCUUAUUAGCAGACUUUGCCUAACCCUCCUGAAAUUCCAGUUAAUUUGCUUUUCUGCCUUUUCCCUAUAUUUUUGUUCUGUGGAUGCCUUAUUGCAGCAUAGGAACAUAGGGUCUCCCUAGGUGUAAUAUCCUGCCAAGAAUUUGCCCUUAUUCAGUGUCUCAGUAAUAAAUCCACUUUCUUUUGCUCUUUUUCUUGUAUUUUCAGAUUGCAACCCUCUCUCUUUGGAAUAACCUUCACGUUCUUGUUUGACAAAGUAUAAACACAUUUGCUCUACUAAUCCCUUUCUGGGCUUAAGCCCUGCUUAGUCUUCACUUUUUUCUCUCCCCCACCCUACACCUUGGAGCUUCUGUUAAAUUGGCUAAGGUACUAUUUCCUGAGCCAGCUGUACUAAAAAAAAAAAAGCUAGACAGAUGAGUAGCCUGGGAAUACAGAGAACUACCAUCACCAAACUAAUUCUUCCCUAUCUUCUAUGUGGCCUUUAUGGUUUUUGACUACCUGUGAGCUGCCUUACAGCCUUUGGGGGAAUCCCUGAGAUCCAGCAGUACCCUAGCCACUUCUGGCCCUGUAACAAAUCUCUACUUCUGAUAUAGAUUCAUAGUAUGCCUUAGAGCAUUUGGAAACUUGGCAACCUACUGGGAAACUUAAAUAGUUUUAUCUAGCCUUGUCUCUUUUCUUUCCAACACGCAACUAUAACCUUAAUUCCCAUUCUUGAGUAGGUUUCAGCCACUUUGGGCUUUUGAAUUGCAAGCUAUAGUCAUUAAGAAGGCAGGUUUGGACACUGAGUGAUUUUCUUGCCUUGCUGCUUAGACCACUGACAUCAGAAAUGGAGGCUAUUGUGUUACUUGACAGGCCAACUAUCAGCCUUUGCUAUGGGGAGGCAGCUUUUACUGAGCAGAGCUCCCCAUUAAAAAGAUCACUUGCAUUCUAGAGCUGCGUAUAUACCCUAACUGGAAGCCAGAUGUGUUUGUCUAUCAGACCAUCCUAUCUACAACGAACUUGACAUACUCUCCAGGACCCAAGACUGUAUUCAACUAGGCAAUGCACUAGAUAAGUUACACUGACCUUUUGAAUUGUGUGUAUGUGUAUAAUUGUCUCAUUUCUUGAUUGGUUUUGUGUCUGCCCUUGUUUCUUUUCUUUUUGCUUUUUGUUAAAUAAAUGCCUUUCUAUAUUUGGA